AUUCCGUGCUUUACACAGUAUGGCCGGCGAUAUUAGCUAGCACUCGCUAACGGUAUUCUCUGCAAAAGGGAAGACGGUAACUCAAGAAAAUCAACACCUGGAUUGCUUUAAGGACUGUAACUCAAUAAAUUAUAACGGAUCGAAGAAGGCUUGAUCAAGUUGUUAACGUUACAACCAAAAUUUAAUAUUUUUGUUGGGUAUCUGUUGUCUCAUGAUGGAAGAUAACGGUGCACAUUUCUUCGAGGGGACUGAAAAGCUGUUGGAGGUGUGGUUCUCUCGGCAGGAUGAGACCAAAGGAACCGGGGACCUCCGUACCAUCCCAAGGUUUGAGUGGGACAAACUUCUGGAGACUGUGCAUUGUUUGAUCAUAAGUGUGACAAAGUCUGACAAGCAGGAAGCUUAUAUACUCAGUGAGAGUAGCAUGUUUGUCUCCAAGAGACGUUUCAUUUUGAAGACGUGCGGAACCACCCUCUUACUGCAAGCACUGGUGCCUCUGCUGGAACUCGCCAGGGAGUACUGCGGUUUUGAUGCCAUCGAGAAUUUCUUCUACUCCCGCAAGAACUUUAUGAAGCCCACCCAUCAAGAGUUCCCUCAUCGAAACUUCCAGGAGGAAGUGGACUUUCUCAGCCAGAUUUUCCCAAAUGGUGCAGCCUACUGUAUGGGACGUUUGAACUCUGACUGCUGGUACCUGUUUACCCUGGACUUACCAGAGUACUGGGAGAACAAGCAUGCGGAUCAGACGCUGGAAGUUCUGAUGAGCGACCUCGAUCCAGCCAUUAUGGACCAGUUCUAUAUGAAAGAUGGUGUUUCUGCAAGUGAUGUCACUCGUAUGAGUGGAAUUCGUGACCUGAUACCAGGUUCUGUGAUCGAUGCCACAAUGUUCAACCCAUGUGGCUACUCAAUGAAUGGAAUGAAGACCGACGGAACUUACUGGACCAUCCACAUCACACCGGAACCGGAGUUCUCCUACGUCAGCUUCGAAACCAACCUCUCCCAGACGUCGUACGACGACCUGGUCAGCAAGGUGGUCGAGGUUUUCAAGCCGGGAAAGUUUGUGACCACGCUUUUUGUCAAUCAGAGCUCAAAAUGUCGCAGCAUCUUUUCUCCUGCCCAGAAGGUGGACGGCUACAAGCGUCUGGAUCGCCAGCUCGCUCAAUUUAACGAGUAUAAUUUCGUCUUCACAAGCUACGCCAAGAGCCGCCAGCAGAACCAGCAGAGCUGAGGGUCAAGGAUGAAGAAGAGGCUCAGAAAGAAAGGUUGCCGCUCACGGCCGCGCCCCACCUCUGGCCGACCUUUCCCCCCCGCAGAGAGCUUGUCCUCCUCUUCCUCCCUCACCCACCGCGUCUUGUGGCCUCCCGG